GACCGCUGACGCCGCCUGCCGCCGCCACUAACCGUAUUCCUACUUCCCAGUCCGUGAACUAAACAUUCAAACAUAAUGGAAUAUAAUUCAAUCAAUUACAAUAGAUAUAAUUUUUUUUAAUUGUCUGAUCAAAAAUUCUAAACUUCAAAACGUGUAAAUGCGUGAGACUAUAACGAUAGUAAUGGAAUCUAACCAAGAAUAACAAUGAUUAUUGUGUUCUAGUCUAUCGCUAUCAUUUUUUAAAGUAGCUGCGAAGUAUGUGCCGGCUAUGAGAUGCUGACUGUUUUCAAUCCUCAAACGUGAAUUAACAUAUCAAUAUUAUAUAAAAUACUGAGAUUCCAUUCAAGAGCUUGUUACUAGAGGAUAACAUUAAGCCUUCUCGAUCACAAACACGAUCUCAAUGUCGACCAAUUUUUGACAAAAUGGCAAACACAGUUAUUUGAACACAGUAGUGAUUAUCACUUUCUAGCUGUUAGAACAAAGCUCUACCACUUAGCAUGAUGGUAUAUGAAAUCUGAACAUUAUUGAUCUCGUGCUGAAAUUGUGGUAUCUUAUUGCUACCUACUACAACUUUUUGGACUUGUUAAUUUGUUCAAUUACACGGCACAUUCAAGAAACAAGAAAUUGUUUCACAUCAUGUCGCCAGAUGAAAUGGAUUCUGAAGUCAAUUUUAUGAAAACUUAUAGCAUAAUGGAAUGGGAAAAACUAACAAAGCUAAACAAUGAUCGUAAAUCGCUUAAUCAGAAAAUUACGCUUGGGUUGGCCACCAGAGAGGAAUUUUUGAAACAAAUAAAAACUGAAUUAAAUAUGCUCGAUACAUGUCAACUUAAAAUUGAACAAGAACUGAAAGAAAACAACACAGAGUAUCUUGACACUGAAAUACUUACCAUUUUAUCAAAUCGUAUCAACGAUAUGUACACCACUAUGUUUCAUUUGUUUCCUGUUGUAAAGACUUCACUGUCAGAAUAUAUUGAAUUCUGUUCAAAUAAUAUAUUAUUUAUUACUAGAUGUAGCAUCAUGUUGGAUACACUCAUGUUGAGAUACCAUAGUGACCCUGAAGUGUAUUUAACUGCAGCAACGUACGCAUUUGAUGACCGAAAUGAUAUUGAAUCAGCUAGACGAUAUUUUGCGGAAGGAUUAAAAUAUCACGAAAAUUGUAAAAAUUUAUAUGUAGAAGAGUUCUGGGUAGAAGUACAACAUUUAGAAAAGACUGAAGGAGCCUCACUCCCAAUUGCUAUUGAAAAAUAUAGAAGCCUAAUAAAACGUUUUGAAGGUGACAUCGAAUUUCAUUUUAUAUUAUUGGACAGAGCAAUAAAAUUAAGUGCAGUUAGAGAACUGCAAUGCAAUGUAGUCAGAGAUAUGGUUAAGAAGUAUAGUCAUAGUGAAUUAAUGUGGCAAAAAUUAGCAAAAAUUCAUUUUGAUGGUUUUAUCUAUCAUAAGGAGACUGAGCAAUUACACUAUGAUAAAAAUUAUAUUAAUGGUAUUAGAAACUGCAUUAAAACCUAUGAAGAUGGAUUAAAAGAAAAUUUACCUCUACAAAAUAAACAUAAGUUAUGGAACUUUUAUAUUGAUCAUGUUAUAGAAAUUCGAAAAUCUUAUCGCAUGAAAAAAGAAACAAUCAGAAAUUUUAUGAAUGAAACAAUGGAACGAGCCUUUCAAGAAGCUCAUGAUAAUAAAGCAUUAUGUAAAGCUGAGCAAUACAUUUAUUGGGCUGAUAACACAAUUCAAGAUUAUGAUAAAAUAAUGAGAAAUGCAGUUGAGGUGAUAAAAGAUGAUGUUGACAUCUGGGUUAAUUUAAUAACAUGUUAUUUGAACUAUGACAGUCUUGAUAUGAUUAUUGAAGCUUUUCAAGAAGGUGUUCGGGCUUUACAAAGCAAAUCACUGCCUUUGUGGAAAAUUCUAAUUUUUUACUUGGGGAACACUCACCCAAAAUUGCUCCAACAAUUAUAUCAUGAAGGAUCGCAUUUUCCAUUUCCGGAAAUCAAUUUUAUAAUCAGGCCUGAAUAUUUAGCAUGGAACGUUGUUCACAAUGGAAUACUAUCAACUCGUGAAUUGUUUACUAAACUCAGAGCCAUAAAACCAGAAUGUAAACAGUUGUAUAUGUCCAUGAUCACAUUUGAACAAAAUCAGAACUCAGGAAUUACCAAAUUAAAAACUAUUAGAAAAUUAUAUAACGAUGUAUGCAAUACUUUUGGCGACACAGACAUUGAAGUAUGGUCCGAGUGCAUCCGUUUUGAAUGCAUACAUGGUUCUAGUAAUUUAGUGAAAGAAAUUUUUAAGGCAUCUAUGCGGUGCUUGGUAAAAGAUUUAAGGAGUACUAUGACAGAAGAGUUUGAAAAACUUAAGAAGGAAUUCUUGGAGUAUGAUCCGAAAGAUGAAGGAGUUAUUGUCAUUAAUGAUGAUGAAUAAUUUUAUAGUUAGGGAAAAAAUGACAGGGUAUGUGCGUGUUUUUAUAUUUAUGUUCUUAAGCUACUAUUCUGUGCACAUAAUUUUUUUUUAUACCUGAUAUAUUUUAUUAUAUUAAUGUAUCUUUAUUAUUUACAAUUAUUUUUUUAUUUUGUUUAUUUUUUAAAUAGCCUAAGCAUAAAACAACAAAAUUUUAAAUUUUUGUUAAUUAUUAAUUAUUAACUCUAAAAUUCAUUGUUUAGCCAACAACGUAUUUUUAAUGGUAUAAAAAUAUUUUUAUGAAGUAGCAAACAAUCAAAAUAAUGCAAAAAUGAAACAAUUAGAUUAGAUGUAUGUUUAUAUUUUAUACUUAAAGCAAAUCAUAUUUUGAAAUUAAAUUUUUUCUUUAUUUAAUAAAUAUCAUUUCACUUGACCUUUAAAAGAAAUGAACUGAUAUCAGCAAGAGAGAAUCAGGAUUUAACAUUGUUAGAAAAAAAUAGUUGAACUUUAUUUUCAUAUGCACAGGCUAACUGUUUCUAACAAUGUUGGUAUUUAGUAACCUGUAUUGGGCAGAGUCCGACUGGGUACUGUACGCCUUACCAGUGAAUUACUUACAAAAGACUUUAACAACAACCAUAAUCAAUAGUUAUUCAUUUCAAUUUUAUGAUUUGUUUGUUUUUGACAAAAAAAGACACUUUGUUUUUAUUAAUGUCUGAUAAAAAAAAAAAUGUAGUUUUGAAUAUAUUAUAAUAUGCCAGUACCAAAUCAUUUCAGAUUCCAAUAGGUACUAAUACUAUUAACAGUUGUAUACAAAUAUAAUGAAAUACCUACCAUGUCUGUAUCAA